GAGCUGCGGGCGCGGCGAUGGCCGGGCAGGAGGAGUACGCGUACCUCUACAGGGACUCCGCGCACCCCGCCGGCUUCUUGGAGGCGUUCCGGGCGUUUUACCUGGACGGGCUGUUCACCGACAUCACCCUGCAGUGCGCCUCGGGGGUCAUCUUCCACUGCCACAGAGCUGCCCUGGCAGCCUGCAGCAGUUAUUUUAAAGCCAUGUUCACGGCCGAUAUGAAAGAAAAAUCCAAAAACCAGAUCAGCCUUCCCGGGCUCAGCCAUGCAGUACUGGAAGCUCUCGUGAAUUAUGCAUACACAUCACAGAUCCAGAUAACAAAGACAAAUGUCCAAAGCCUACUCCAGGCUGCAGACCUGCUCCAGUUCGUGUCAGUAAAGAAAGCCUGUGAGCAGUUUCUGGUAAGGCACUUGGAUACUGACAACUGCAUUGGGAUGCACUCCUUUGCUGAAUAUCAUGAUUGCUCGGAGCUGGAGAAAGAGUCCAGAAGGAUUUUGUUAUGGCAGUUUGAAGAAGUGUGGAAGCAGGAAGAGUUUCUGGACGUUGGCAAGGAGAAGCUCUCUUAUAUUCUCUCCAGGGAGAAUCUCAAUGUUCAGAAAGAAGAGGCAGCCAUUGAAGCUGUCAUUAAGUGGGUGACCCACAACGUGGAAGGAAGAAUUGAAGACAUCUGUGAAGUGCUGAGCUGCAUCAAAUUAGACUUAGAUAAUGUGUAUUUGAGGUCAGCUUUAAGCCUGCAAAAAAAAUGUCGACUCAAUGACAGCAAGAUAAGGUCACUCAUAUAUAAUGCCCUGAAUCUCAAUCCCAAAGGUCUUUCCAGAAGAUCCACAGCAGCCAUGUAUGUAAUUGGAGGAUAUUAUUGGCAUCCCUUAUCAGAAGUGCAUGUUUGGGAUCCUUUAACUGAUGCAUGGGUCCAGGGAACAGAGAUGCCAGAUCACACCAGAGAGAGCUAUGGGGUCACUAGUUUGGGACCAGACAUAUAUGUGACAGGAGGUUACAGAACAGAGAGCAUUGAAGCUCUUGACACUGUGUGGAUAUAUAACAGCGAGAGAGAUGAGUGGACAGAAGGCUGCCCCAUGCUCGAUGCGAGGUAUUACCACUGCGCCGUGUCCUUGAGUGGCUGCGUUUAUGCAUUGGGAGGCUACCGAAAGGGAGCUCCAGUCCAAGAAGCUGAGGUUUAUGAUCCUUUAAUACAGAAAUGGCUUCCCAUUGCAAACAUGAUCAAAGGAGUUGGAAAUGCCACUGCCUGUGUCCUGCAUGAAGUCAUCUAUGUCGCUGGAGGUCACUAUGGGUACAGGGGAAGCUGCACCUACGAUAAAAUCCAGAGAUACCAUUCAGGUAGCAAUGAGUGGAGUAUAGUCACCACAAGUCCACAUCCAGAAUAUGGAUUGUGUUCAAUUACGUUACAAAACAAGAUCUAUUUUGUGGGUGGACAGACCACGAUCACUGACUGCUAUGACCCAGAGCAAAAUGAGUGGAAGCAGAUGGCUCACAUGAUGGAGAGAAGGAUGGAGUGUGGCACGGUGAUCAUGAACGGAUGCAUCUACGUAACAGGAGGAUAUUCCUAUUCAAAAGGAACAUACUUGCAGAGCAUUGAGAAGUACGACCCUGAACUGAACAAAUGGGAAGCAGUAGGUAAUCUUCCCAGUGCUAUGCGGUCACAUGGCUGUGUCUGUGUGUAUAAUGUGUAAGCAUUGCAUUUGCAUCUUGCUGUUACAGAAAACAGCAGAUGCAGUAUUCAUAACAGUACUGAUUACCUCAUGAGGGGCUGUCUAAUACAAUCACUUAGUGCACAUUGUUAAUAACUAGAUAUAAUUUGUUCUCAUUUUAAACAGCUCAGAAACAUAAAUGUGAUAACAAGAUUUCCAUAUAUUUUUCAGUCCAGUCAUUCUUUGUCAUGGAAGUUCUCAAACUGGUCUAAUACUUUGUACCACAACAUAGGAACUACUGUGAAAAAUGGAUUUUGUUAAUCACUGGAUGAAACUAUGACUUGGUGCUAAGAUGAGUAAAGCCAAACAAAAUACGGUUCUAAGGACUACUGGCCUUAAGAUGAAAUCUUUGUAUUCUGAAGGUAGCUGUAGAAAUGGAUCAUUGACACAAGCUAAGUGUAUGGUAUAUGCAGAGCAAUAUCACUGGGAUAACUAGGUUAUCUGAUUCAGAAAUGGGCAUUUACAGGAUGCCUCUACCUUCAAGUGCCAAAGCAAAGAAGAGCUUAGGCUAGGAAUGAUGGAAGAAAUGUUGGUAGUAGCCCCAGAGCACGGGACAAAAACAUGCACUAGUUUUCCUGAAGGAGAAGUAAAAGAGCAUUUCUCUUUGCCAUUCUCACACUCUCUUCAACAUUGCCAAUGAGAAAUGAAAAAAGACUCUGCAAGGCUUUGCAAUGGGAUCUUUGGCUGAUGCACAGGUAUUUGUAGUUUGGGUGUUUUGGGGGGGUGGGCUGUUCAGAGAAAAGCCUUAAUGUGUUAACUCUUUUUUAAUACCAGUUCAAGAUGUGUGCCUGUGUGGAAUGGAAGGAGGAAAUGAGAGAGACUGGAAAAUUAACAUCUGCCUGAGAUUCAAACUUCUCUAUUUUGUUUAAUGCCAUUUGAUCUUUUCUAAACUGUGACUUGAUCAAAGGUAACAACUAAAGAAACUUAUCAAAGUAUGUUAUGCAUGAAGUAAAAACAUGAUCUAUAGGAUUGAUUUAUUUAUUAUUUCUCUCAAAACUUAAUAUGAGAUCUUCAAAUUCUGUGUAGAUAGUGGAUUUUUGUAAAGUGAUUUACAGACAAACAGAUCACACUCUGUGGCCCGACAGUGGUGAUCCAAAUGAAGAAAUGCUUUGGGGAACAGAGAAGGCUCUUUUAGCACUGAUCCCCCAGUCCAGUUUAUAAAAUGACUACAGAAAGAGCUGUUAGACAUUGGUGUGAGAGGCAGGGACAACACAGGGCUGCUGUAGGGUGUGGUGGGAACUUCCCACACCAGCACUGCCAUCUAAAAAGAAAUUUAAUUUUAUUGGAUUUCUCACAUACAA